AACUUCACCGGAUUCGAUCUGCACAAUGAGUUCAAACCAGAGUGGGGACUAAUAGGACAGUAUGCCACUGAACUCUUCACAAAAAAAUCUUUGGAAGUGAUAGAUAAACAUGACACUGAUAAACCUCUAUUUUUGAUGAUUAAUCAUCUUGCCGGUCACGCCGGACAUGAUGGGGUAGAACUGGGAGUACCUAAUGUAACUGAAGCAAACAAGAAAUAUGGAUAUAUCAAGACUCCAGAACGACGGUUAUUAGCAGAUAUCGUCAAUCACUUGGACCGAUCAGUUGGAGAAGUAAUCACAAAGAUGUCUGAAAAGAAAAUGCUUGAUAACUCCAUUAUAAUUUUCUUUUCUGACAAUGGAGCCCAGACCACAGGAAAAUAUCAAAACUUUGCAUCCGGAUGGCCUUUUAGAGGGUUGAAAUUCACUCUCCUAGAGGGAGGAGUAAGAGGAACGGGAAUCAUAUAUAGCCCACUAUUGGAAAAAAGGCGAUAUGUUAACAGACACCUCAUCCAUAUCACGGAUUGGUUACCUACUCUCUAUCACAUCGCAGGAGGGGAUACGAAAGCUCUGGGGAAAAUCGAUGGAAAAAAUCAAUGGAAUACAAUUUCCAGAAACGAUACUACAAAGAGAACUGAUAUCUUGUUGAAUAUUGACGAGGUAAAUGGGUAUUCCGGAAUGUUGGGAUAUGGAGGUCAAUACAAGUUGUUGAAUGGAUCCUAUAAUGAUGGUAUAUACAAUGGGUAUUAUGGAGACCAUGGAAGAGAGCCUGAAAACCCUGACUAUAACAUCCAGGGAAUACUGAACAGCCCUACCAAUAUUGCAAUCCAAACUAUUGAACAGCAACCACUAACACCAGCCCAAAUAAAAAAACUGCGAGCGGAAGUUGAUAUGAAAAAGUAUAAACCACAAGGAACUUAUCCUACAUUCACUUGUGAUGAAUAUUGUCUCUUCGAUCUUCACGCAGACCCUUGUGAAACAACAAAUCUCAUUGGAGAUGAAGAAAAACAAGAUAUCGUGAAAAAUCUCAAGAAAAAGUUAUUGGCUUACAAUCAACAGUUGGUGCCCCAAACUAACAAACCCGUUGAUGUGAAUUCCAAUCCGGCUUUGUUCAAUAAUACCUGGUUUCCAUGGUUAAAAUGUAAACUUCACAAUAAUAUCUGGUUGGGCAGUGUUCAUGAUAUCAAAAUAUAUUCUUAAUCUUAUCGUAGUUAAAUUUAUAAAACAGAAUGUAGUUAUCAUAGGGAUUUGUUUAUAACACACCAGGGACUAUUGUAAGAAUGUACCAUGCACAUGUUAUCGGUAAUAUAUUUUGUUUCUUUCAUUUCAUCUGGCUGAUAUUCUGAACCAAAAGUGUGUUAAACUGGAAUUCUUAACAUGAAUAUGAAUCUGCUUAUUAUUAGGUAACGGCUGGUCCGAUUUUCAUAAAUGUAAUAAUAUAAAAUACAUUAAUAAAUCUGAAUUGAAGGGGUUA